UGAAAAUAUCGCUGACGUUGCUUCCCUCAAAAGGGUGCUUGGAUUAAUAGAUGCCAACUUCUGCAGUAAUAGGAAGGUUGCCCAAGUCUACAUGGGAUAUGCAACUAAAUGUGCUUGGUGGUCAGCCAUUCACUAUGGACAUAGAGCUUCUGGCUGCAAAAUCAGCCAAAUUUGCUGCUACACUUGAAGAGAAUCUGCAGGAAGAUCUUGCUAACUUCCUCCAGAGUGUCCCUGCUACUGCAGACACUCUUGAGCUUGUUGCGAGAUUCUAUCAUGGCUUUGAUAUUCAAAUUUGCAGUCAGAAUGUUAUACAGCUCAUUUGUGUUGCUGACUACUUGGACAUGACUGAAAGCCACAGCAAAGAUAAUUUAUUAAACAAAGCUAUUUCAUAUUUUCAACAAAGAAUCCUCCCUAGCUGGUCUGAAACUAUUAAGGCUUUCCGAUCCACAUAAAAGGUAUUUCAACAAUCCUGGAAGCUUGGAUCGGUACACGAAUGUUUGGACUAUCAUUAGAUAGGCAAAAGCUACCCUUAGAGCAAGAAAUAUUAUAUAGCUUUUCAAUGACCUUCCUAUGUAUGAUGCUAUCAUCCACAGCCAGAAUAUGAAACUAAAAACGCAUGGGAACUAAAACAUCAAUUAACAAAUGAUUCAACCAUUCCACAAUUUCAAAUAGGCAUUCUGCAGUUUGAGGUUUGUGCACCAUAUGCAUCUAUUGUCUAAUUUAUUCUCAGCUCAAACAUGCACCAUAUGCAUAUAAGACAAA